AUGAGAGUAGGGUUGAGAUGCUGUCAUGGCGUCUUCGUUCAAAGAAGUGUUUUGAUGGUGGUUGUUUUCGGUCGACGCGUUUCGCUUCCCGUUUGCAACGAAUUCAUCUUUGGAGGCACUUCGUUUUACUCCUAUAACGCGACGCUCACUUGGCUGUGAUUAGUGCGUGUAGUUUUUCACGACUUUCGAAAUGGGCAAGCGUAAGAAUCAAGGCGUCACGGACUCCGAGUCCAGCAAUGAUUCAAACAGCGACAUCGACGAUAGCGAAUUCCUGAAUUUGGCCAAGAAGAAAAACAAGAAAAAGCGGUCACCUGUACACAGUGAAGAUGGAGACAGCUCUGAUUCAGAUUCUGAUAGCGGCAAACAUCGAUCAAAGAAGAAUAAAUCACAACGCAGCCACUCAAUGUCUUCAGAUUCGGAUAAAGGAUCUCCCCGACAUGUUCCUGAAAAAUCACAGGACCACAACUCUGAACCGGAGGAAGGCGAGGUUUCCGAUUCGUCCGACUCUUCGGAAGCUGAGUUCAAUGAUGGAUACGAUGAUCAACUCAUGGGCGAUGAAGAAGACAGAGCUCGCCUGGCUAGUCUCACUGAAAAGGAACGUGAAACCGAGAUCUACAAGCGUAUCGAACAGCGCGAACUUAUGAAGCACAGGUUUGAAAUUGAGAAAAAAUUACGACAAGCAAAGAAAGCCGAGCGGGCAAAAGAAAAGCCCAGGGAGAAGUAUGCAAAGGACCGCGGUGAUCGUGGAGGCGACAUUAGCAAAUCGUUGCAGACAGACUUUAGCUCAAUUGACCAUAAAGAACGCAGCAAAGAACGCAAGAAAAACAUUGAGGAGAACCGCGGCAAGGUAGAUAAGCGUGUAAACGCAAUGGCGGAGUUGAAAGCCAGACGCGAAGGAAGACAGCGACGGGAAGAAGUGGAAGCAGCGCGACGCGAAGAACAACGUAAGAAAGAUGAAGAGGACUCCUUAUCAAAGAAGAACGAUGUACGGUUAAAAGCGUCGGACAUUUAUUCCGAUGACAGUGAGAGUGAUGGCGGCGAUGAGAAGGAACCGGUGCCAACUUCACAACCGGCGCCGAGAACGCAGUCGCGUUCAUCAUCAAGUUCGAGUUCCAGUGAUCAAGAACAGCACAAUGAACGCAGCAAGCCGAAAUAUGUGCCGACGAGGAUAGACUUAAAUUCCGUGAGAUUGUCCAGGCAUAAAUUAGAGAAGCUGGUGCAUUUGCCGUUCUUCGAUCGUGUGGUCAAGGGAUGUUUUAUUCGAAUUGGAAUUGGUCAGCAUAAUAAUAUUCCUGUAUAUCGUGUUGCGGAAAUUACAGGGGUUUAUGAGACUGCCAAAAUUUAUCAACUAGGCAAUACUAGAACCAAUAAGGGAUGCAAAGUUAGACACGGUAAAGGUGAGCGCGUUUUUCGUUUGGAGUACGUAUCCAACCAGGAAUUUACCGAUGCGGAAUUUCAAAAGUGGAUAGAAGCAUCUCACGCUGCCGACACACCAAUGCCUUCAAGAGAAGAAGUCGCACAAAAACAAGCUGAUAUCAAGGAGGCCUUAAACUAUGAGUACAAUGAAAAAGAUGUUGACAGAAUUAUCAAAGAAAAAGAAAGAUUCCAUCACAAAACGUUUAAUUACGCUAUGAAAAAGACACAGUUAAUGAAGGAGCGCGAUUCCGCGUUGAGCCGCGGUGAUGAGGAAGUUGCCCGUGAUUUCAGUCAGAAGAUUUCCGACUUAGAGGAGCGUGCCUCCGAACUAGACAAAAUGCGCACUAGUUCCAUAUCCAGCAUAUCCUACAUUAACGAUCGCAAUCGAAAGCGUAACGUGGAGGAAGCUGAGAAGGCAAUCAUGGAGGAGGUACGCGCGAACAAGGGAAAGAAAAUUGACGACCCUUUCACACGACGUUCGACGAAGCCACGGAUGAAUUUCAAAGCUGCGCCCGAAGAGGCAGCGGAGCCGACACCAACGGCAGCACCUACGCCAGUGGAGAAACCCGUAGAGAAGGAGAAAGAAAAAGCUCCGGCACAAAUUUCUCAGGAUGAUCUCUUUUCUGCUCACGAUUUUGAUAUUAAAAUCGACCUAGAACUUCCCCCUCCCCAAACCGUGAACGUAACGGCAAAUACAACAAGCACCAACAAUGUCAACGGUCCUAAACGAAGUUUAAAUUUACAAGACUAUAAAAAGAAACGUGGUUUAAUUUAAAUUUUUAUUGUCUAAUUAUUAACAUAUAUGCGACCAUUGCUCUUGAGUAAAUGAUGUUAAAUGAUUGAUUACGUACCAGUUAAGAAUGUAGGUAAACUCGCAUCUUAAAAGUAAGUUAUAUACUAUGAUUAUGUAUCACGGUACGAUUUAAGAUUGUUUUAAUUUAGGAGCUAACUAUAUAGUUUUGAAUACGUAUUGUACUGAACUAAUUCAGCAAGUUGACGCUUGCCUGAAGUACUUGGUUGGAAAUUGAAUUAAUGAAGCUGUACAUAAUUAUGUAAUAAUUUCUUUAAAUGAAUUUCAAUCGUAACAAGAGUUGGACCGUGCAUUGGGAUAGACCCGUUUCUUUGAUAAAUUGCGUUGACUGAUUGUUUAACUGUUUGACUAAUAGUUUAUUGUAAGUACACUUGGAUACAGACGAAUAAAACUUCAUAGAGUCAA